AUGACGCUGGUGGCUUCCUGCAACGCGCUUUACUUCCCCGACCCGCCGAUGGACAACAUCAUCACUCUGUCGUGGCAGCGACAAGAGGGGGCGGUGCUAGCCGCGUGUAGCUGCGUCAUCUUCAAGGUGAAGUCGUCCUCGCCAAAGUCCUUCCACGUGCUGCCACGCUACGGUGCACUGCUGCUGACGGAUGCGUCCGGCAAUCCAUGCACCCCGUGUAGCGCGCAGAUCACCUUUGGCCUCCGUGCCGCCGCCACCGAUGCGGUGAGUGAGGCCGCAACAACGACGAUGCGUCGCCUGCCGCACUCCGCUGCGGGUAGCCACCCCCACCAGGAGCGCUUUGCGAUUGAGUACGCCAUUCUUGCAGCAGCGCGCCCGACAUACGAGCGCAUCGUGCAGGCCGUAGCUGGCGGCGAGCGGCUGACAGAGGUAGUGCGCAGCGUGUGGGAGCUCGUCGCGUCGGGCGCGCAGCGGUCUGUGCGGGGCUCGCCGAUCAGCCUCAAGGCGCACAUGGAGGGCGUCACGAUGGACAGCAGCAAGGCGGGUCGUCACGGCGUCGUCGUGGUGCCACCCACCGCACACCUCGUGUGGACAACGCUACAGACGCGCCUAAUGAGCCGCGCAUCGCCGGCGUCGGCGAUGGAGAGCGGCAGCAGCCCGUCCACGCGGCACCUCUCCGAGAGGAACAGAGGGGCCACUGCCGCGGGCGAGCUGCGCGCGCUGAGUCUCGGCAUCGAGGCGCUGCGCCACGACGCACCCACAAGCACCUCGAACGCCACCAUCCCCACAAACACAGGCAUCAAUUCAACGGGGACGCCAAUGAAGGGCAUGCCUGGGGGCGCCGGUGCUAAUCCUGCUGCCGCACGAGCUGCGUAUGACACUGGUGACAAUGGUAUUCCCACACCUGCGGACGGAGAAGCGGCGGAUAUUGUGAUGCGUAUAACGCCAAUGAAGGGCGGUAGGGCUGCUGUUUCCCCUUUUUCUGUUUUAAGCGAUGGGAAAAACGGGAUACCGCUCGUAGUGGUGUUAGUGGCAAUGUUUGGCACAUACCUGAUCACUGUGCUGCUGUUACGCGGCGGGAGUGUUAGUGCUAGUGGUAAUCGUAGUGACAUUGGCAUCCAUACCAACGACGGUGCGUGA